AACUCAUAUAAACAAACUCCAUAGGAUAUAAUUUAACAACGUGCAUCAAAUAAAAAGUAUAAUAUAUUAGAAAAGGAAAAAAAAAAAAAAAGUCUUACCCUCUCCCCUUUUACUUUUUUAUUUUCUCUUUUAAGAGAAGGAUGAAGAAGGUUGUAAUAUACAUUUAUAUAUAUAUGUGUGUGUGUGUGUGUGAUUCAUCGUACUUGGUAGUGCUAAAUUAAAAAAAUAAAAUACAUUUGGAUUGUUUGUUUUUUUUACAACAAACUUUUAAAUUUUAUUUAUAUAAAUAAAUAUCACCCUUGGAAUUCCAAGAGCCUCCCCUUGGCCGUGAUGACUACUAACCUCAACCAAGAUUGGCCCGAACCCAUAGUCCGUGUCCAAUCCCUCUCCGAGAGUGGCUGCUCCGUCGUCCCUUCCCGUUACAUCAAGCCUCCCUCCGAUCGCCCUACCGUUUUCUCUGCCGCCUCUGCCGCCAUGAACAUCCCAAUCAUCGACAUCCACGGCUUCGCUCUAGACCAAGACGACUCCCUUCGACAAACCAUUCUUAGCCAAGUCUCCGACGCCUGUCGUAAUUGGGGUUUCUUUCAAAUCAUUAAUCACGGCAUCCGGGCUGAGCUGCUCGACGGUGUCCGCCGUGCGUGGUAUGAUUUUUUCAAAUUGCCAGUGGAGAUGAAACAAGUUUAUGCUAAUAGUCCUAAGACUUAUGAAGGCUAUGGUAGUCGCCUUGGUGUUCAAAAAGGAGCUAUUCUUGAUUGGAGUGACUACUUUUUUCUUCACUAUCUUCCUUCUCAUCUCAAAGACCAUACUAAAUGGCCCGCCAUGCCCGCCUCUAUUAGAGAAUUGAUAGAGGAGUAUGGGGAAGAAGUAGUGAAGGUAGGAGGAAAAUUGUUGAAGCUUUUAUCACUAAAUUUGGGGCUUCAAGAAGGGUAUCUACAAAAUGCAUUUGGAGGAGAAGAUGUUGGAGCAUGUUUGAGAGUGAACUAUUACCCAAAAUGCCCACAACCGGAGUUGACGUUGGGGCUGUCGUCGCACUCGGACCCCGGUGGAUUGACGUUCCUACUUCCAGAUGAUAAGGUGGCUGGACUUCAAGUUCGAAAAGACGAUAAAUGGAUUACUGUCAAACCAGCUCCUCAUGCUAUUAUAGUUAAUGUGGGCGAUCAAGUUCAGGUUCUAAGUAAUGCAAUAUACAGAAGUGUGGAGCAUAGAGUAAUUGUGAACUCAGAUAAAGAACGUGUUUCAUUGGCUUUCUUCUACAAUCCAAAGAGUGAUAUUCCAAUAGGGCCGGCAAAAGCACUAAUUACGCGAGAUAGGCCCGCGCUUUAUUCCCCAAUGACAUUUGACGAAUACCGACUUUUUAUUAGGACGAGAGGUCCUCAGGGUAAAUCCCAAGUAGAUUCACUAAAAUCGCCAAGAUAACUCAUGAUUUCUGUGCCAUGUAGAGAGAUCAGAAUCAGCCUCUCAAAGUCCCUUUUGUUUUCUUUGAUUUUUUUUUCCUUUUUAAUUCCUUUAAAUUUUGUUUACUUGUAAAUCCACUCCAUCGAAAAGGGAAAAGGGAAAAGUGAAAAGGGAAAAAGGAAAAAGAAAUAAAUUAUCCAAUUAGUCCCACUAGAUCAUAAAAAUGUACAUCUUCUAGUUUGUACAUCUAAAAGGGAGAAGAGAUAUAUAGGGAAGAUAUAAAGUAAAUUAUGUUGUUAACGUA